AUGGCGGACUUUGAUGCUAUUUAUCCAGAGGAGACUGAACCUGAGGAGAAUAUAGAAGAGACGCAUGUGACAUUAGUGCCUGACCCUAUCGUCGUUCGAGGAGCUGGUAACAUGACAGUAUUUGGUUUAAGCAACCGCUUCAACGGCGAAUUUCCCUCUGGAUUGCAAUCUCGUGUGGCGCCAGAAGAAUACCAAGCGACGAUAGCUAGGAUCAACAGUGUUCUAAAGAAAACGUUGCCCGUCAAUGUGAAGUGGCUUUUCUGUGGUUGCGUGUGUUGCUGCUGUACACUUGGAUGCUCUCUAUGGCCGGUCAUUUGUCUUAGUAAACGGACACAACAUUCACUGAACAAACUGUUGGAAUGGGAGAACAGCCGGCUCUACAACAAACUGGGCUUGCGUUGGCGCCUCACUAAACAACACUGCGACUCUUCUUCCAUGAUGGAAUACGUUCUACUCAUAGAAUUCAUACCCAAAAUACCGAUAUACAGGCCAGAU